AGCUGCCGGGGUUUUGUUGUGUUGUGCAUCCCGAUCUUUAUGAGAUUCUCAUUUUUAAGAAGAAUGUCGUUCGUAGAUCUAGCGUCGUUAAGGAUAAAGUACAAAUCAGAAAAGGAGAUCUUUCUAGAAUCCAGCAUCGACCGCAAGGAACCGAUAAGCCUAUUUCGCAAGUGGUUGCAAGAGGCAUGUGAAACUCCGGAGAUAAUUGAACCGAACGCUAUGUGCCUGGCAACAGCAACAAAGGAUGCUGUACCAUCGGCCCGUUUCGUGCUGCUGAAAGAUGUCACGGACGAUGGGUUCACCUUCUUCACCAACUAUGAAAGUCGCAAAGCGGACGAACUGGCCGAGAAUUCCAAUGUGGCGCUCGCAUUCUACUGGCUUCCGCUGAGACGCUCCGUUCGCAUUGAAGGUUCGGCGGAACGCAUUUCACGGGAAGCGUCAGAGUCGUACUUCCACCAGCGGCCCCGGGCAAGCCAGAUCGGUGCUCUGGCGAGCCCGCAAAGCAAACCGAUACCGAACCGAGAGUUUCUCGACGCGAAGGAAAAAGCCAUCAAGGAAGAGCUCGGCCCCGAUCGGGAAGUUCCACUGCCCAACUGGGGUGGCUACCUAGUUCGCCCGAAAGCGAUCGAAUUUUGGCAAGGACAAACCAAUCGCUUGCACGAUCGUAUUCGAUUUCGCAAGGAGCUCAAGGCGGAUGAUACCAUCGAUGGGGAACUGUUGCACCAGGGUGAGAACGGUUGGGUAUACGAACGUUUGGCGCCCUAAUCAAUUCCGGUGUGUGUGUGUGCCGCAUAUUAAAAGAAAAGUCUUCCAUCGUUCUCGCUAAGCGCUUUGUGUUAUCUACUAGUUUCGGAUAUUGGAUUGAAGUAUGUGGAUUCCUCUGGUUUGUUGCCUUUCCUUUAUUUCAACGGAUCGUUUUUAAACUGUGGCCCUCGAGCAGAGUAGGAUUCACUAUUUUUCCAUAUUGUUGUAAUAAAUUUGUGUGAUGCUUAAUGGAACGACUUGCGUUGUGCAGGAAAUAUAUCUUCUUCCAAAUUUGUA